UCGCUAAAAAUGUAUUCAAGGCACGAAGAGACGUAUUCCGACUGGAACGUAUGGUCUCAACGAGGGAAGUAUACUCGGACGAUCUCUACCAAAUGUAACCGUCUUUGCCGAUUCGUGCCAAGGGCGAUAAAAAUCGACCGGUAGCCGAGUAGGCGCGAUCACUCUUUGUAUGGAUUGAGUCAUAACAUAAGCCUCUGUAUAUACAUAUAUAUAUAUAUAUACAUGCUUUUAUAUACUUGCAUAUAUGUAUAGGUAAAUACAUUGCACCUGUGAUUCUCAGGCAAAAGAAUGCGAUCGCCAAAUAUCUCAUGCGCAUGACGUUGACUAUAUACGAAUAGCUAUUUAAUUAAGAAAAAAGAAAAAUAUGGUUACGAUUGUUACUCUUAAAAGUGAACGUUUUCACUGGGAAUGAUAUUAAUGUCUACUUAAAAAAAAAAAAAAAAAAAAAAAAAAGACGAACUUUAGAAAGGAUCAGGGCAAAUUGAACUUGAGUCAUGUCAUAUAAACUCCAAUUAUUUGCUUGAUUCUGAAAAGUAAACUUUCUCGUCAAGGUUGUAAAAUUAUGAACGAUUAAAAAAAUAGCAAGGAAACGAUAUGGAUUAUUGCGGAAGAAAACUUGCUUAUCCGUGAGACAUACCAUUCGAUAGGUUUUCUGUUCUACCACAUAUAUAAAUAUUUAUCUAAUGUCAUAAAACAAGACGAGUUAUCCUUAUUAAAGAUUAUGAAAACUAUGCGGUUAACUACAUCACCAUUAAAUUUCUUACUGUUUCAAGAAGAUGACUCAUGCGGAUCCAGAAGUUAAAAGAGUAUCUCAUGAUGAGGGUCGCUCCAAAUGUUGUUAAGAGAAUCCUUUUUCGUCGAAAGGAUCAGAAAGAAAGAAAAAAAAAGAGAAAAAAAAGAAGAUGAAACGUUGAAGCAUGAGACUAGUGAGGAUCGUCGUGAAGCAUCGACCUUGAAACGUACUCGAGGCACAGAGAGACUCGGGAGAGGUUUCGCCUUGGGUAAUCGGUGCCGCGGACUUAAAAACUAGGCCUGCGCAUAUGGUGACGUCACGAACGAUGCCGCCUCGGUAAAACGUGCCGACUGGAGAAAGGAAUCGCUUGCGAGUAAGAAACUUUGGUGGGGGUCUGCUUUGGUUAGAGAGGCUUUACGUAUAGAACGAACGGGUAGGCUCAUUCGUUCUUGUUGAAAGGAAAGAGAGAAGAAGAAUAUGAGAAGAGAGAAGGAGAAAGACAGUACACCAGUCUGGUGGUGGCUGGUAAGAACGAAGCAAGUAGACCGGCGACUUUCACCGUGCAGCUAAGAUCGGCUGGUGUCGGUUCGUGGGUUGUUUCUUAACAAACUUGGGCCACGCUCUUGGGCCAAACCACGUUACAAAAAUCCAAGAGAAAAAAAUUAAAAAAAAAAAAAAAAGAAUAGAGAGAAAGAGAAAGAGAGAAAGUGGAAAAAGACUGAUUGCUACGGACAAGGAUUUUCAAGAACCAGCAAGACUUUUUUCAACUUGAUCGGCACGCACGUGAUGUUCUGCACUUAUUGUGCACCCGCAUUGUUAGCUUUCCCAACUUUUUGCUUCACGUUUCUAUCUUAAAGCAACUUGUGAGGUGACUCAAUUCAAUAUUUCGAAACGAUUUUCUUGAUUUUACGUACAAAUGUGUCCUCUUACCUGAUAAUCCAGUUUGUGGAUUCAAAAGAAGUGAAACAAAGAAAAUGGAUCGUUCCGAUUAUCAUUGAGAAAACGUGAAAUUCUCUUCUUUUCUUUUUUUUUUGUUUGUUUUUUUGGGGUCACACAAAGAUCCAACAUAUCCUGGGUUUAUCUUUCGUACGAACGAGAUAUGGCAUUAAUUUAGAUCUACUUGAAGAAAGCAAAGAAAAACAACGAUGACAGGGAAACGUCUUUUUUUGGCCCGUUUCUUCAAACGGUUGCGUUUGUUUCUCUGGGCACUCUGGAUCGUGUUACUCGUUGAAACCGGAGCAUUUCACAAUGGUGCGGAAAAACAAAGAUACGAUGGAUGGUACAACAACUUGGCUCAUCCUAAUUGGGGAUCGAUCGGUAGUAGGCUGAUACGAAAAGUACCUGCAGCUUAUUCCGAUGGUGUCUAUGCAUUGGCUGGUCAAGAUAGACCCUCGCCAAGAAAACUAAGCGAUCUCUUUAUGCAAGGAGAUGAAGGUUUACCCUCCGUUAAAAAUCUGACUGCUUUGUUUGCUUUUUUCGGACAACUAGUCACGUCGGAAAUAAUCAUGGCCAGCGAAAGUGGUUGUCCUAUAGAGUUCCAUCGUAUCGAUGUGGAUAAAUGCGAUCCGGUUUUCGACAAGGAGUGCCAAGGUAACAAGUACAUUCCUUUUCUACGUGCCGAUUACGACCGCCAAACUGGACGUAGCCCGAACAGCCCUCGCGAACAGAUAAAUAAAGUAACAAGCUGGAUCGAUGGUAGCUUCAUAUACUCCAGUAGCGAAGCAUGGGCGAACACGAUGCGAGCAUUCAAGAACGGAAGUCUCCUCAUGGAACCAAGCAGAAAAUUUCCCGUGAGAAACACCAUGCGCGCUCCACUCUUCAAUCAUGCCGUUCCGCACGUUAUGAGAAUGCUCAGUCCAGAACGGCUUUAUCUACUCGGAGAUCCAAGAACCAAUCAACAUCCACCGUUACUCUCAUUAGGGAUCCUAUUCUAUCGUUGGCAUAACGUUAUAGCAAAUCGUGUACAACGAGAAUAUCCAGAUAUGUCCGACGAAGAAAUCUUUCAGAAAGCACGACGUAUAGUUAUAGGAACUCUACAGAACAUUAUUUUAUAUGAGUAUCUUCCCACGCUCUUGGACGAAGAAUUACCAGCGUAUACCGGCUAUAAAACUGAUCUCCAUCCGGGAAUAAGUCAUAUUUUUCAAAGUGCUGCUUUUCGUUUUGGACAUACUCUUAUACCACCUGGUAUAUACAGACGUGACGAAAGAUGUGAGUUUCGAAAGACUAACGCGGGUCAAGCCGCGAUCAGACUUUGCUCUACUUGGUGGGAUUCGAACGAAAUUUUAGCGAAUAGUACGAUAGAAGAAUUAAUCAUGGGAAUGAGUUCUCAAAUAGCCGAAAAGGAGGACAAUCUUCUCGGUACAGAUAUACGAAAUAAUCUUUUCGGACCAAUGGAAUUUUCACGAAGAGAUCUCGGUGCUCUUAAUAUCAUGCGUGGUCGCGAUAAUGGAUUACCGGAUUACAAUACUGCCCGAAAACAUUUCAAGUUAACGCCAAGAAAAACAUGGAACGAGAUUAAUCCUGACUUAUUCAACAAAAAUCCAUCUCUACUGCGUACUCUCGUUGAAAUCCAUUCGAACAAUUUAAAUAACGUAGAUGUUUACGUCGGCGGUAUGUUGGAAUCCAGUGAUGGACCCGGGGAACUUUUUACUGCGGUUAUUAAAGAACAAUUUUUACGCUUGAGAGACUCCGAUCGCUUUUGGUUUGAAAAUGAAGAGUCUGGAAUUUUUACAAAAACCGAAAUUGAAGAUAUACGCCGUGUGACGUUAUGGGAUGUGAUCACAAACGCAACCAAUAUUCCACCGGACACGAUUCAGAAACGAGUAUUCCUUUGGGAGGAAAACGAUCCGUGUCCUCAACCUUUCCAAUUGAACUCAUCCGUACUCGAGCCCUGUUUACCGUUGCAACGAUACGACUAUUUCGAAGGUAGCGAAUUUGUCUACAUCUAUGCCUGCGUUUUCCUCGGAUUUUUCCCAAUUUUGUGCGCUGGAGCCGCUUAUGGCUUAGUAAAACUACAGAACCGACGAAGACGUCGUUUACGUAUACUUCAAGAAGAAAUUCAAAGGAGAAGCGACAACCGAAUUUGCGUCGACAAGAUGGUCGUUCGUGAAUGGCUGCACGCAAAUCAUCGUCGCUUGGUAAAAGUUCGUUUCGGUCCUGAAGCAGCUUUGCAUAUCGUCGAUCGAAAGGGCGAAAAACUUCGUACGUUCGAUUUUAGUAGCGUCAAUACAAUAACCAUAGAAGAGUCUCAGGAGAGCGAAAGCGGGCAUAGAAAGGCAUUGGUAUUGUUACGUAUACCACGUGAUUACGACCUUGUCCUUGAACUCGAUUCCUUGGCCUCGCGCAGAAAGUUCAUUGCGAAAUUGGAAGCGUUCCUGUCGUCCCACAAGAAACAUUGCACGCUUUUCCAAGUUAACCGUGAUGUUAUGCUCGCAAAAGCGGAAACUAAAGAACGUCGACAAAAGAAGCUCGAACAGUUUUUCCGAGAAGCUUACGCGCUGACGUUUGGUCUACGACCUGGGGAAAGGCGACGACGAUCCGAGGAUAGCGAUACAGGCGAGGUUAUUACAGCGAUGCGCACAUCUCUGUCAAAAAGCGAAUUUGCUAGUGCCCUUGGUAUGCGUCCUGAUGCAGUUUUCGUGAAGAAAAUGUUCAAUAUCGUCGACAAAGACGGCGACGGUCGUAUAUCCUUUCAAGAAUUUCUCGAUACCGUGUUACUCUUUUCCCGUGGCAAAACCGAGGACAAAUUGCGUAUUAUUUUUGACAUGUGCGAUAAGGACAGCAAUGGCGUUAUCGAUAAAGAGGAAUUAUCCGAGAUGUUAAGAUCGCUCGUUGAAAUUGCACGUACUACCAGUCUUUCCGAUGAUCAUGUCACCGAGCUCAUCGACGGAAUGUUUCAAGACGCUGGUCUUGAAAGGAAGAAUUAUCUUACUUACAAUGAUUUCAAGUUAAUGAUGAAGGAAUAUAAAGGUGAUUUUGUUGCAAUUGGAUUGGAUUGUAAAGGGGCGAAACAAAAUUUUUUAGAUAUGUCGACAAAUGUCGCUCGAAUGACAAGCUUUCAGAUCGAUCAGUUGCCACCGGAGGAUUCGAAAAAUUGGGCCCGCAAACAAUGGGACGCGAUAUCGACUUUUCUCGAGGAAAAUAGACAAAAUAUAUUUUAUCUUUUCGUGUUUUACGUUAUCACUAUAGCUCUCUUCGUUGAAAGGUUUAUACAUUAUUCUUUCAUGGCCGAGCAUACGGAUUUGAGACACAUUAUGGGUGUUGGUAUUGCGAUUACGCGAGGAUCGGCAGCAGCUUUAUCAUUUUGUUACAGUCUAUUACUUCUCACGAUGUCUCGUAAUCUAUUGACCAAAUUGAAAGAAUUUUCGAUCCAACAGUAUAUACCAUUGGAUUCGCACAUACAAUUUCACAAAAUAGCCGCAUGCACAGCCCUCUUUUUUUCCAUUUUACAUACGGUCGGGCACAUCGUGAAUUUUUAUCACGUAUCGACGCAACCGAUAGCACAUCUCCGCUGCCUCACAAACGAGAUCAGUUUUCCAAGCGAUGCGAAGCCAACUAUUACAUUUUGGCUUUUUCAAACGGUGACAGGCUUAACCGGUAUUCUACUUUUCCUCGUAAUGACGAUCAUUUUUGUUUUUGCACAUCCUACAAUACGGCAAAAAGCAUAUAAAUUUUUUUCAUUAACUCACAGCUUGUACGUAUUAUUUUAUGCAUUAUCCUUGAUCCAUGGUUUAGCCAGAUUAACUGGCUCUCCAAGAUUUUGGAUUUUCUUCGUUGGCCCGGCGAUCAUCUAUGCUUUGGACAAGGUCGUAAGCUUGAGAACGAAAUAUAUGGCUCUUGAUAUAAUUGAGACAGAAUUGCUACCAUCCGAUGUAAUAAAGAUCAAAUUUUACAGACCUCCAAAUCUUAAGUAUCUCUCAGGUCAAUGGGUACGUCUCUCGUGUACAGUCUUUAGAUCGAACGAGUUUCACUCAUUCACCCUCACUUCGGCGCCCCACGAGAACUUCCUUUCGUGUCAUAUUAAAGCCCAAGGUCCAUGGACCUGGAAAUUACGGAACUACUUUGAUCCUUGUAACUAUAAUCCGGAAGACGAGCACCCUAAAAUACGAAUCGAGGGACCAUUUGGAGGUGGAAAUCAAGACUGGUAUAAAUUUGAAGUGGCAGUUAUGGUCGGUGGAGGGAUUGGAGUUACUCCGUAUGCUUCUAUGCUGAAUGAUCUUGUCUUUGGUACUUCCACCAAUAGAUAUUCCGGAGUUGCCUGUAAAAAGGUAUACUUUCUUUGGAUAUGUCCAUCUCACAAACACUUUGAGUGGUUCAUCGAUGUUCUCAGAGACGUCGAAAGGAAAGACGUAACCGAUGUUCUUGAAAUACAUAUAUUUAUAACUCAGUUUUUUCACAAAUUCGACUUACGUACUACUAUGCUAUAUAUUUGUGAGAAUCAUUUUCAAAGAUUAUCUAAGAAGAGUAUAUUCACUGGACUGAAAGCUAUUAAUCAUUUUGGUCGACCAGAUAUGACCUCGUUUCUAAAGUUUGUUCAAAAGAAACAUAGUUACGUCAGUAAAAUAGGAGUAUUUAGUUGUGGACCACGGCCUUUAACUAAAAGCGUAAUGUCUGCUUGCGACGAGGUGAACAAGGGUCGUAGACUACCAUAUUUUAUCCACCAUUUUGAGAACUUUGGCUAGUUAUUGCGAGAAAAGAAUCGGAAAUUCGCUAGGAAUUUCUAGCGAUUCCUUUGUAACUUCCUAAAAAGAGUGUACAUAUUUAUUGUGCUAGUGCGCGUGCCUUAUUUAUAAUUAAUAUUAUAUUUCUUAUUUAUGAAGAGAGAUUACUCACGUCAUUUAACCAUAUCCUAAUUUUCCAAUAAUAGGAUUCAAUGAAUGAAUAUUUUCCCCUUUUAAUGGAUUACUAGUCGGCGAUGAUAAUUAAAAAAAAAAAAAAAAAAAAAAAAAAAAA